GUCUAGGGCUGAGCGCUCUCCUUUUCUCUCUGCACUUACCGCUCCAUGGCCCGGUCACCAUGACGGACUACGCCGAGGAACAGCGCAAUGAGCUGGAGGCUCUGGAGUCUAUCUAUGCCGACUCAUUUACUGUGUUAUCCACAGCCCCUUCAAGUUUUUCCAUCACAGUAACAUCAGAAGCAGGAGAGAAUGAGGAAAAUGUGCAAGUAAUUAUUAAAUUCACUUAUGUGGAGUCCUACCCAGAUGAAGCUCCUCUCUAUGAAAUAGUCUCUCAAGAUAACCUUGAAUGUACAGAUGCAUCGAGUAUACUAUGUUUGCUCGAAGACCAGGCUCAGGAGAACCUUGGGAUGGUUAUGAUUUUCAGUUUAGUUUCUGCAGUUCAGGAUAAAUUAAAUGAAAUAGUUGAUCAAAUCAAAACCAGAAGAGAAGAGGAGACACAGAGGAAAGAAAAAGAGGCAGAAGAAGCAGAAAAGGUGCUCUUUCAUGGAACUCCUGUCACAAUUGAAAACUUUCUUAACUGGAAAGCCAAAUUUGAUGCAGAGAUGACAGAACUGAAGAAGAAAAAACAAAAGGAAGAAGAACAAUCAGGAAAAAGCAAACUGACAGGAAAGCAGCUAUUUGAAACAGAUCAUAAUCUGGAUACAUCAGAUAUCAAGUUUCUGGAAGAAGCUGGGAAUAGUGUUGAAGUGGAUGAAUCUUUAUUCCAAGAAAUGGAUGAUUUAGAGCUGGAUGAAGAUGAUGACGACCCAGAUUAUAAUCCAAUCGAUAUAGAAAGCGACUAAAUAUCUUGGAACCAGCACAUUUAGGAAAGCAGUCACAGUAUCUGUGGCUUAAAUACACAAGCAUUUACAGUUAUUUUUUUUAAGUCAUAAUUUUAAUUUUCAGGAGAAUAUUCUUCUGAUGGCUCUCAUGGUUGACACUUAAUAAAAUGACUUAAAAAACGCUGUUUUGAAAAA